ACUUGCUUUACUAUGCUUACAAUACGUCUACUCUCUAUAGUAUCCAAACGAAACAAUACACUGAUAGAGGAAAUUUAGACAAGUGAACACCGCGCGGUAAUUCCCCUACUCGGCUCUAAAGCGAAUAGGGGAAUUACCGCGCGCUGUUCACUAAAUGUAUGCAUUAUUUGCGGGAAUACCCGAAAAUGCGUUUCGUAAAGUAAAUAACUACAGAUGACGUAAUCAUCAUCUAGACUCCCCUACCCCCCAUGUCAUCCAAAAUAAGCAAAGCGUAGCCCUGAAUGCGGCCCUGUAUGCCGACCUUGCUUUUGGCAAUCACGCAUUCAUUCUAUCUUGGGUGUAAAUACACUUAAACAAUUUAUCUUGAUCGUUAGCACCCGUAUGUAAAAAUUGUUAUCUAAGUUUUAUGUGAAAUGUUGUCCAUAUUAAUAGCUAGGAACUAGGUACAAAGAACAAUUAUUGGGGUCAAAGUCUGAAGAGACAGCAACACAAAUCAAGUGAUCAUACACAGGUGAUAACAGUGGAUAUAUCAUAAUUUUAGCCAGAAAAUUGCAAUAUUUAUAUCACCACUAAUAUAAAACUCGCGCAUUUCUUUUCAGUGUGUACUAGAAACCUUUAAAAUAUGUCAUUAAAACGUCUAGUUGGUAGAAUAGCUAUAGUGACAGCAUCUACAGACGGUAUUGGUUUUGCUAUAGCUAAAAGGCUGGGUCAAGAGGGAGCUAAAGUUAUUGUAAGUAGUAGGAAACAGCAGAAUGUGGAGGAAGCUGUCAAAUUGUUAUCACAAGAGGGAUUAGAUGUUACAGGUGUACCUUGUCAUGUAGCAAAAACAGAGGAUAGGAAAAAACUGUUUGAAGUUGCCAAACAGUAUGGUGGCCUGGACAUUUUGGUAUCAAAUGCUGCAGUAAACCCGGUGAUGGGUGAAGUACUGGACUGUCCAGAGGAUGCCUGGGAGAAGAUAUUCGAAGUAAAUGUGAAAUCCUCAUUCUUACUAGCUCAAGAAGCACUACCUUUACUUAGGCAAAGCAAAGCUGGGCGGAUAAUAUUCAUAUCAUCCAUAGCAGGAUUUCAGCCUAUGACCCUUCUAGGAGCCUAUUCAGUGAGUAAGACAGCUCUUCUAGGCCUAACCAAGGCAGCUGCAGUACAGUUGGCUAAAGAGAACAUUACUGUCAACUGUGUUGCCCCAGGUGUGAUCAAAACCAAAUUUUCAUCAGCAUUGACAUCAACACAGGCAGCUCAAGAUAUAGCUCUGAGCAUGAUUCCACUUAACAGGUACCUGAAUUUUAUUUCCCACGUCAAACUCAUUAGGAAUCAACGAAAAAUCCAGGAGCAAAAAUACUAAAUUUUGAAACUUGUCUAUAUUUUAUUAGUGAACCCAUGAAUGCACCAAUUUUUGGAACAGGGCAGCAUAAUUCACUAGUCUAAAUCAAUUUAGCAGUUACUCUGUUGACGAAACGAGAUAAACUUUUAUAUGUUCAGACUGGUUAAAAAAAGUGACAACUGCAUGAUUUCAAAACCUUUCACCAGACUGUUUGAGUUUUGAGGGUCUUCAAAAUCCCACCGAGGCUUCGCGAGUGAAUACAUACCGUUUGCAUAUUGCUGAAGAAAAUCCUUCAGCAAGCACUAGGGGAGUGUCUAGACGCAAGUCUCCAAGACUUACAGUGUGCAAAAUGCUGCGUGAUAAUGUACAACCCGAGGAUUUUUCCUGCAAAAGUGCGUUUUGUGAAUUGUUAUUGCGCCAGCAUAAAAAUAAUCCGGAGUUGAAGAUGAAAUCCAUAUUAGGAUCAACCUUCAUGCGUAAUGGAAGAUCUUCACUUAAUCUGUCGGUCAAAUCUUCAACAAACAUUUUCUUUGAACGUUUGGGCUGGCAUGGUAAAUGGUAUGCUCAUUGCACUUGUUGUACCACACAUUUUAUUUCAGGGGCAGUUAUAUCUGAAAACGAAAGUCCAAGCUUGGCUUAUGAGCUGAAGCUCAAAAAAUGGCCUCAAUUCUGCAUGAACCAUGUACCAAACAGCUGUUGGAUAAGUCCAACAUCACCACAUUACUCCCGCCGGUGUUGUUCGCAACAGUAACGAAGGGUCAGUAAUAAAAGAUACAUCGUGUGAAACCAUUUUCAAGUUUACAUUUCAUUCCUGCGUUGUGUCGCCGACAUAGUUGGAUUUUUAAUGAACAGCGUGUCUGUGUGCCUGUAUGAAUGUACAAAAAGGAGGGUAAAUAUCGGCUGUAAGAUUACCUGUCUCCCUUGUUGAUUGGAACAAAGCAGCAGCUCUGAAUGUUACUCGGAGCAUGAGCGUCUAGAAAAGGGUGCCGGCCGAAUUUGUUUUUUUUUUAUAAACUGUACAAGCAGUGAUAACGUGUAGGUCUCUCGUCAGAGAGGAAAUCGCCACUAGUCGUCUUUUUUCCAGAUCACCGGCAGAGAUCGGUUGAUCCUACAGGAAAGGAGGUCGGUGAUAUGUAAGAGGAACAGUGUCGGAGCCAAGACCGUUCCCCGGAGAACACCCGCGUUGACGUUGUGGAAUGAAAAGGAGAACCUGUCAAUUACGACAGAUAUCUUGCGGCAAGAGAGACAGCCAGCCACACAUCAGCAAAGCUUUUCUGGGAGGCCAAAGGAUGGAAGUUUGCUUAAGAGGGCAGCGUGCCACAGCUGAUCGAACGCUUUCGUGAUGUCAAGAGCAACGACAUGAGCCUCACCAUAAGAUUGGAUGAGUUUACUCCACAAUUGCGUGACGUAAGCUAGGAGAUCCCCUGCGGAUCGCUGGUUCCGGAAACCGUACUGCCUGUAACUAAUCAAGCUGUGACGUUCGAGGUAGUCCAGAAGCUCGAGAUUCAUGCACCUCUCCAUCACCUUACUUAUAACAGAAAGCAGAACUAUAGACCUGCAGUUGUAAGGGUCGGUCUUAGGUUCUGUUUUUCGGAUUGGUUGGACAUGAGCAAAUUUCCAGUUCUCUGGGAAGGCGCCGGGUUCGUAAGAUAUCUGGAAGUGUCGAGAAAGAAUUGGAGCAAGCUCCGUUGCACACCUCUUCAAUACAACGGCAGGAAUCAAGUCCGGACCUGAAGCUUUGUUGGUGUCGAGCGACAAGAGCACCCAUCUUACUGUCUUAUGCCUUGAAUGUUACUCCCGGUAAAAGCGUAGGCAACCCUAUGAACAAUUAUCGAUGAAAUUUUUAUCGAUUGCAAUAGUUGCAAUCCAGCUGUUCACUUAUGACUCAAUUUUUCCUCAUUUUUGUACACAUUCGUACACGGUAGUUGUUCCGUCCUCAUUGGGGCUCAUCAGUAUGAGGCUAGUUGUGGUCAAUCAUUUCCUACUUUUAAAUAUAUUAUUUAAAUAAUAAAUUAAUUUCAGAUUUGGAAAGCCAGAUGACAUAGGUGGAGCAGUAGCUUUCAUAGCAUCAGAUGAUGCAGCAUACAUGACUGGAGAGAAUUUGGUAAUUUCUGGGGGAAUGGCUUCAAGACUAUAGGAAAUUAACAUGUUGGGAAUUGUUUUAAGUUUAAAGCUUAUAUAUUAAAAUGUUGGGUACCUUUGUUUUUUUUAUAUGUGAUAGAAUUCAUAUAAAGAUGGAAUUUGUUAUACACCAGUUAUAUUUUAGAAUAAAUUUUAUGUAGG